AUGAAACUGAUUGUGUCCGAUGGAUUGGUUGGUACGGUUGGUGUAAUUGGAGCGGAGUUAACGUUGCUGAUUAAUCGAUGCAAUGAAUGCUACUUAGGAAUGAUAUUCCGUCGUGAUUUAUGCGGAAUCUUUUGCGCUUUGUUCACUUAUUUGGCAAUGAUUUACGCUGAUUAUGUUGUCAUCGUUUGGCUUAUUACACCUAAUUUUAUGCAGAGUUUAUGGGGUGUAUUGCAUGCAGCGAUGUUUAAUACAGUGUUAUUUUUUGCAUUUGUAUCACAUUUUCGAGCGAUGGUUACGGAUCCGGGCAUUGUACCUAUCAGUCGAAAAGGAUUAUUACGUUGUAAAAAAAAUCGUUUUCCAAAACUGCUUUCUGAUAGUGAAUCUAAUAGUUCGGAUACCGAUGUGAAGUUGAUAGGAGAAGGAAACAAAUUUGUGGGGAAGGACUGGACAAUUUGCACUCGAUGCGAAUCCUACAGACCACCGCGAGCGCACCAUUGUCGUAUUUGUCGACGCUGCGUUCGAAAAAUGGAUCAUCACUGUCCUUGGGUUAAUAACUGUGUUGGCGAGUACAAUCAAAAAUAUUUCCUUCAAUUUCUGUUGUAUGUUGGCUUGUGCUCAGGAUACGCUCUAAGUUUAAUAGUGACGGCUUGGGUAAACUACGAUGCAUAUGGCAUUACCGGUUUGAAGGGAUCUUACGAACAAAAUGUACAUCAUGCAAAAAUACUACAUACUAUUUUCCUUUCAAUCGAAAGUGCGUUGUUUGGUUUGUUCGUUUUGGCCGUUUCGUGCGAUCAGGUACAGGCAAUUCUGAACGAUGAAACAGCAGUGGAAGCAGCUCAGCGCAAGGGUUUUCACAAUCGAGUAUCUCUGUCACGCUCAAAAAUAACUUUGAUACGGGAAGUAUGUGGCAAUGGACCGAUGAUAUUGUGGUUGCUACCAUGCUCAACUUUGCCGUCAAAAGCAGACGUAGCUCAACUCUCCAAUCAAUCACUCAUUGUUUAA